UCUCGGAGACUCUAGGGCCAUGAAUGUUGCCGCCGGAGUCGUCGGAAUUGUUGUCGCUAAGAGCCACUACUGCUAUACCUUUAUAUCGAUUUUUGUUGGGCCGAAACAAAAGUAAAUUAACAAAGCCCAACUGUUGCAUUAUUAAUUCAGCUUUGUGUUUGUAAUCAAAGCUAGUUAUACUGGGCCAGAAUAAAGAUUAAUGUUGCAAGCCCAACCAAAUGCCUUCUUAUUUGCUUCCUAUGCUUAAUCCGCUACACAACUCAUCAGGAAAGCAAAUGCUUACCAAAUGGGCCAGCCUUGAUCAUGUUGUCACAAGCCCAAAUUAUACUAAAGAGAAUGUUUCCAUGCUUGGUCCGAAACAAAGGAAAAAUGAAAGCAAAGUGCUUCCAACGGAACCAAGUAUCAACCAUGUGAUGGAUUUCAAAAUCUAUUACAUUGUUAAUUAAUGCAUGGGGAACAUGAGAGAGAAAAAUUCAGCUGAAGUGAUUGAUGGUUAUUAUGACUUACACACCACUCUAUGUUAGGGAAGUAAAAGCAAGCUAUGCCUAAUUAAUUUGUUUAACUUCUUUGCAUUGCUUUUCUUUUCUUCAGAUUCCUUUUAUUCUCUCUCAUCUCUUUCUUCUUCUCUCUUUGGUCUUUGUCCAGUAAACCAUGGACGCCGUGCUCUUCAACGAAGAAAAAGGAAGAGUUACAUGCAUCAAGACCAUCAAGCUAAUGAUGGCAAGAAAACAUACCAAAAGAAAGAUGAGCUGUGGCUAAGAUGCUUACCAAAUGUGGUUAGUUUUGGUGAAGCUAUCUUGAGCCUUUCAUGCUCAAAAAUGGAAGAAGAAGAUUCGGCCAGCUAGAGGAGAUUCUUGAAGCAUGGCUUGUCUUUGAUUCUGCUCAACCACCACAGGGAGUAGCUAGAGUGGCGAAGUGAUGGUUGGAGGCAGAGAUUGAAGCAGAUGAAGUCAUCAUCAUCAUGAGGCAUCAAGGGUCAGAAAUCCAUCUUGGAGAGGAAGCCAAGGAUGGAGAGCCCGGAUUGAUGAAGGUUGAUGAUCAAGAAAGGACUUGAGGUAAUUGCAUGUUGGUUAAUGCAUGGUUAUCUCUUCUCUCUCUGAGUGGCCGAACCGGUUCUGUGUUUGUUGAAGGAGGAAGAAAGUUGGUUCGGUUUUUGGCUUCAAGUGUGGAGGCUUUCCUCUUCUUUAAAAAGGGGGAACAACCACUGUUUUGAAGUAAGGAGAAAAUUUGAGAGUGCAAGGCACAGAGUUCUCAGAGCUACCUGAGCUAACAGAUUUUUCUUCUCCUUCAAUGUAUUCUGUUUAGUAUUUUUCUGUUUAAUUUUGUCAUGUCUUGAGUCUCAUGGUAAAAGGCAAACAAGUGAGGUUUGUAAUGAAAAAGCCAUAGAGCGGAAAAAGGCAGAGAGUGCAAAAUUAAAAGAAAAGCCAUAGAUGUCUUAGAGGUCCUUUGUUCAUCUAUGUUGUGUAUCAUGAUUCUGUGGGAAUCCCCUUGUAAGUUGGGUUAGCACUUUACAAGUUGUAACAGAUUGGUUAUAGUGAAAUUCCAUCAUAUUUGUGAUGGAGACUGGAUGUAGGCUGCACUGCACUUAGCAGCCGAACCAGGAUAUAUCUGGGUGCAAUCUUCUUCUCCUUCUACUCCAUUUCUGUUUUCUACCACACACGAGCAAAAGCCAGAAUUAUCUUGUGUCAAGUGACGAGACAAAACAAAAAGUCUCGUGACUAGGGACGAGACAAAACAAAGUUGCUCGUGUCAAGUGACGAGCAAAAACAUAAAAGUCUUCUCUGAAGUUCAGCAAGUGUCAGCAUUCGGAAAAGGGGGCUAAGAUUCAACCCCCCCUUCUCUUAGCCACUGAAACCAUCAAUUGGUAUCAGAGCUUGGUCUCAAAAAGAUCAAGCUUUGCAGCUUGGAGUAAAGAUCCUCAUGGCAGAAAACAGUGGCGCAAAUGUGUUAUCAUACAAUCUGGCUGAAGGUCAAUCAAGCAAUAGACCUCCCCUCUUCAAUGGGAAAAAUUAUACCUAUUGGAAGGAGAGGAUGAAGAUAUUUGUACAAGCCGUGGACUACAGACUUUGGAAGAUCAUCUUGGAGGGUCCUAAAUUUCCAACUACAACAAGUGCUCAAGGAGUAGUCUCUCUUAAACCUGAAGCAAGCUGGACCGAGGAAGAUAGGAAGACGGUGGAGUUAAAUGCCAAGGCAACCAAUCUGCUCAACUGUGCUAUCAGCUUUGAGGAGUACCGACGAGUAUCACGGUGCACAACGGCAAAGGAAAUCUGGGACAAGUUGCAAAUCACUCAUGAAGGAACUACCAUUGUAAAGAAGACUCGGACAGAUAUGUUAAACAGGGAAUAUGAAAUGUUUGCAAUGAAGGAAGGAGAGUCCAUCGAUGAACUGUUUGAACGGUUCAAUAUCAUCACUGUUGGCUUAGAUGCUCUUGGAAUCACACAUUCAGAAUCUGUGCUAGUGAGAAGAGUAUUGAGAUGUCUCACAAAAGAGUGGGAAACAAAAUCCUUAAUUAUUUCUGAGAGUAGUAACUUAGAUUCUAUGACACUUGAUGAUUUGAGAGGAAACUUACUUGCCUUUGAAAACUCCUAUUUGAAAAAAGAUUCAAAAAAGAAAGGAAUUGCUUUUUCUUCUGUGACUAACCCUCUGGAUAAUGAAUCCAGUGAUAACUCUUCUGAAAAUGAGUUUGUGUUGUUUGCAAAAAAAUUCAGGAAAAUGGCAAAGCUCAAAAGCAAAGGCAGCGGCUCCAGGAGGACAAAGAAAGAUCUUAGCAAGGUAACCUGUUUCAAUUGCAAGGAAAUGGGUCAUUUCAAAUCUGAUUGUCCCAAGCUGAAAAAGGAAGAGAAGCCGAAAAAAGUGAAGAAGAAAGGACUGAUGGCCACAUGGGAAGAUUUGGAAAAUGACUCAGAUGAUGAGAAUGAAGAGUCUGAGACUAAAUCACAGCACUGUCUCAUGGCAAAUGAGAUAGACCAGGUAUCAUUUCAAAACUCUAACACUGAAGACCUUCAUCUCAUGAUAGAUCACCUUUCUGAAAAAAUUAGAUGUUUUCUGGCUGAGAAUCAAGAUCUUGAACAGCAAAACUUCAUUCUUAAAGCUGAAAAUGAUUUCCUCAAAGAAAAAUUAAGAGAGGCCGAAACUGUUUGUGAUCUUGUGGAAGAAAACAAGUUGUUAAAAGCCCAAGUUAGAAGCUGUGAAAGUGAUCAUUCUGUUCUUGCAUAUGUGAACUGUUUUAAGCAAAAUGAAGAGUUGCUCAAAGAGGUUGAAAGACUUAAAGAUGACUUAGCCAAGUUCACCCAAAGUUCUGAAAAUUUGAACCAAAUCUUGGCUAGUCAAAAACCUCUUUAUGAUAAAGCUGGGUUGGGAUUUUAUAAAUCUGAAAAAUUACAUUUUGAAAAUAUUGCCUCAUCUUCAAAUGAUGUAACAUAUCAAGACCCAACUCACUUUAACAAAACUACAACUCCAAGAUUUUGUAGAAUGUGCAACCGAAGUGGUCAUUUUCCAGUUCAAUGCUUCUUUGGUGAAAGAAUGAUGGGUGACAAAGUUUACAAAGUUGUUUUUGAUUACAAUGAUUUGGGACAUAAGAGAUGGUUUAACGUGAAAGGAUCCAAAAAAAUUUGGAUACCUAAGGUCACUUGAGUAUGAUUUGUAGGUCUGUCUAGCAUCCAAGAAAAAGGAAAAUAUGUGGUACAUGGACAGCGGAUGCUCUAGGCAUAUGACCGGAAAGACAACCUUCUUCAUAAAGCUUGAUGAAUAUGAUGGAGGACUUGUUACCUUUGGUGAUGAUGCAAAAGGAAAAAUAGUGGCUGUUGGGAAAGUUGGUAAAAACUUUUCUUCUUGUAUAAAUGAUGUGCUCCUUGUAAAUGGUUUGAAACAUAACUUACUUAGUAUUAGUCAAUUGUGUGAUUUAGGUUUUGAUGUUAUCUUUAAGAAGUUUGUUUGUUUGGUUGUUUGUGAGAAAACUGGGGAUGUUUUAUUUGAAGCUAAAAGAUGCAAUAAUGUGUAUGGAUUAACUCUUGAGGAUUUAAAGGAACAAAAUGUAACAUGCUUCACCUCUCUUGAAUCUGAAAAAGGCUUUGGCAUAGAA